CAAAAACAACAAGGGGCUUAUGAGAAGCCCGGCCGCCUGCUCAGAAGGCCUUCUCCUUCUAAUGUCCCCCUCGCUCGCCGCCGACCUUCGACAUCUACAAGCAGAACGACUGCAAGAACAAGAGGGUCGCGCCCGACUCGGUCAGGCCCUGGUCUGACUACAAGGACGCGUCGCCAGGGCGCCUCCUGCGCGAGACCGCGGACUCUGGGCCCGCCUUCAUGUACGGCCCUGACAGCGAGUUCAGCAGCGGCUUCCAGAUGGGUGACAAGAUCAUGAAUAAAAACGGCGACGCCGACGGCCCGGAGACCAGGUUCUGGUCCCGCAGGCCCGACCAGAUUGCGAUGAAGGGCGGCUAUUUCAACUACAUGGGCAUGGCCGACGACGCGAACGACCCGAAGAGGAAGAUCCGGUCCGCCGGGGCGAACUGGAAGUACCUCACUAAGGAGGAGGCAGCCACGAAGGAGGAGAUCGACAAGUAUUUCGGGAGGAUCGAGACUCCUGUGUGGGGCAUCAAGAAGAAACCGUGAAAUGCCGCCGCUGGUCGCGCGCGCGCGGGACAGCCUCGGCGAGUAGUCGCGUAGUGACUACAGGAUUCGCUGAUGCACGUGGGCUCCUCCUCCGC